AUGUUUAAGAACUUUGAAGGUAUUGAGAUGGUUGAUGAAACGACAUGGAGUGAACUCGAAAUUGGGCGUUCAAGCGCUGCUUUGAGGUCCUCAUAUUUCGUUUCCAAGACAUUGACUGAGAAGGCUGUGUUGGAAUUUGGAAAGGAAAAUGAGAUGAAAAUGAAGGUUGUAAGCUUUGUUCUUCCUUUGGUUGUUGGACCUUUUCUUGCCCCCAACAUGCCAACGGCAAUUAGUUUGGCACUUUCCAUGAUCUUAGGAGACGAGAGCCAAUGCAAAACUCUUGGAAACACAUACAUGGUACACGUAGAUGAUGUCACAAGGGCUCUUAUAUUCCUAUUCGAAAAUAGCAAUGCUGAAGGACGCUUUAUUUGUGGUUUUCAUCAAGUUACGUUUCAUCAGUUACAUGAGCUGAUUUCCCGGAAAUGUCCUCAGCAUCGCAUAACAAUACCACAUAAUUUUACAGCGGCAAAGGUCGACAAUGAUAAGAAGUAUCCUUGCCUGUCAUACAAAAAGCUCCAGGACACAGGAUUCGAGUUAAAGCAUGGGGUCGAUGAUAUGUAUGAUGAUGCUAUCAAGUCCUGCAAAGAAAAGGGUUUUCUUUAGUCAAUCUA